GUUGCGCAACUUACAUGCCGUGUUACAGUCUACACGAAAAACGCACGUGCAAACUGGCUCAAGCUGUGAUUUUCUGAUCUCCAAAACAUCGUACGGAGAAGAGAACAGGGCUUUUCUGUUGUCACAUAUAUUUUAAAAAGGUACCAAAAGGCAAUUCAGGAAACUUUCACGGCAAAGCUACAUUUGUACAAGAUCCAAACUAAGCGUGACUUCCAGAGAACCCACUGAACAGUCACAACAACCACCAUGUUCUCAACCCUUCUGGCGGCGGCCAUUUUGUUCUUCACUGAUGACCUUGCCGCAGCCAAGGUCGUUGUGGAGUCAGACAUCCCCUGUAAGCCUUUCCACGAGAUUUACGCGUCUGGGCGGGAGCUUUGCGAGAAAAUGUGGGACGGUUCUUUCGUUUACGAGACGAAUCGAUCGCGAGCAUACACCAUGUGGUUCUUCGACAAGGACAAUCCGAACGACGAGGUUACUCGGAACCUUGGACUGAGCCCACCCUCCGUAUGUCACCUGAGAUAUCUGCAUAAGGAUACCCCAGGCCCAGAACCAGACACCUUUUCUGAAUGCCACCCCUGGAAAGAUCACUCCUGUUGCACAGAAGACACCGUGUCCAGUGUACAGAAGCUGAAAGAGAGUUACGGUCCUGAGUGGCACUGGGACAGGUGUGGCCCCCUCACCCCGGCCUGCGAACGGUUCUUUGUGCAGGAGGCAUGUUUCUACGAGUGUGAGCCCAACGCUGGUUUGUUCCGUAAGUACCCAGACAGCGACUACAACUCCUCAGACCCGAGCCACAACCGCUGGCAGAUGUCAGGCAUGCCGAUCUGGUCUGACUUCUGUGAUGCGUGGCAUCGCGCCUGCCACAACGAUAAAUUCUGCGCCCACGACGACGGAAAUUUCUUCUCCUGUGCAGCGAAAUAUCAAGAAACGGCCACAACCGGUCCCACCGAGGGUCUGACUGUGGGGAUCGUGUUCGGCUGCUUGAUUAUCGUGGCUCUUAUAGGGGUUCUUGGGUUCCUGGUUUAUAGAGAAAGAACUGGUCAGCCUAUGUUUAAACCACUAGAACAACAGGUGUCAUAAACUAUACUAAUUUGUUAGUUUUCAAUUUACAGAAAAGCUGAUCUAAUAAAAAAAUAAAUUGAUAUGGUCUAAAAUAUCUAAGAUACGGUUGGCUAGUUAUAAGGACUAUAUAAAAUAAAAAUGAGGAAUUUUUAUAUCUAAGAUAUAGGUGGCUAGGGGAAAUAUCCAACAUAUAGUUGGCUAAAUGGCAAAGUAACAUGACAUAUGUUACUCAGGAAUUUAUGUUUUUUAUAGAGGUGUCUUCAAAUGACUCCUUUCAGUAAGGCAAUAAUCUCAACUAUGUAUAAACUUGGUUUUGAUGAUGUUUAGUAUCAACUGUACUAACAUGUAACAAAUGUUGUCAUCAUUUUUUUUUACAAGUGAGAUGUACUGUAUAUUUUGAAGGGACAAAAAAAAUGAGAAAAUUGGUUGACAUAUAUUUAAUAUAUUUUUUCCUUUAAAGGUAGCUGGACUGUUGUUUAAGUUGGAUAUGCAGUUUUUUUAAGUUUGCAACUUUGAUAAAAUUUUAUAGUAGCGUUAUAUGCAUUUUGUACUAGUUAUUAAAGUAUGUGUUGAACUGUUUUUUUUUUAUUAGUUUCAUACUUUAUCUCUAAUCAUGUUUCUGUAGCCAAAAGAAAUGCUAGGCUAUGAUGAUAUAUUUUGACCUGGUCAUCAGAUCAUGUGUGUGUAAUGUCUUCAUAUCCCCACCAGAAUGAUAACACACAGCAUUUGGGAUACAAUGUUAUCUGGACUGUAUUUUUAUGUAAUUAUGAUGAUAGUGGCAACAUAUUUUAAUGUAAAAGCCAUGGACAGAAAAUGCCUGUUAUAUAUCUAGGGCACACUACUAGUCUU